CAACCAUCUCAGUCGAUGAAGAUUCACAAAAUCAUCAACUGAUUUACCAUCAUUCUCUAAUAUUCUGCGUCUAACCUCACCAUUAAUUACCCGUUGAUCUCAGCAGAUGCGAGCACUUGAGGUUUCUAAAUCAGAUGACAGUUCACCAUUAGCUCUGACUCGACUGGUACUGUUCGAGUAAGGAGCCUUCACAAGGUUAAUGUACUUUUGAGGUACACCUUUCAAUGACAAACAGUGCUACAGAAUCUUGCGGUCUAUACAGUCAAAUGGUGCUUUUAAGUCAAGAAAGACCACUACCACCAUCGAUAAAGUGGUAUUGCAAAUGGAUUGAAGUCGAAAUCGUACCAUUGGGCACCGACCUAGUGGGGGUUUUAACGGUUAAGCGUUUAUUUCAAAAACUGAAUGUACUGGGGUUUCAUUGCUGGUGGAGUUGUAAACAUAAAACACUGGAGAGUUCCGUACUAGAACGAAAUAACUGUACAGCACUAUAUACUAACGGAGAUCAACCUAUGAUGAAUAAAACUUUGUAUGAACUUGAUUAUAAACAGUUAAAUCCACCAUUAAUCAUCACCAUGAUGGUGAAAUAUUCACCUACUGAAAUACACAUUUGGGUGAUUGACAAGUCAACAAAUAUUACUAUAUUCUCGAGUUUAUAUUGAUUAUGUAGUACUGCUUCUGUAAUACAAGUAUCCUUCAUUAUGCUAUCUGUUAAAUGUACUAAAAGAUAGUUAUACGUAGGAUUAGCACUUGUCAGUUCGCUGCUGCGCCCUGACUCAUAAUAGGAUAUAGAACACGUAUUAUGAAUACCAGGAUGUAGUUCAAGUAAAGGAUGGAAAGCAAAGCUUACUAAAAAAUCAGUUCUACUUUAGAAUGACUUGUAAAAAAUAUGGUUGCG